UCUCCACCUAUCACUCUUCUUCCUCUCUUUACAAAGACCUUUCCAACUUUGUUUUCACUUUAUCGAUUCUUCAAUACUUCGUUUGCUCCGUUCAGUCAACAAUGGCCUCUGUUUCGAGGAGGCUACUGAGGAGAGAGACGAUCCCCUGUAUCAGCAACACCAUGAGGAGACUCUUCUCCACCGGUGGAUCUACUUCUUUUGCUCAGAGACUCAGAGAUCUUCCCAAAGACUUCCCAUCCACUAACGCCAAGCGAGAUGCCUCUCUGCUCAUCGGACGAACACCUCUAGUGUUUCUCAACAAAGUCACUGAAGGAUGUGAAGCUUACAUUGCAGCCAAGCAAGAGCAUUUCCAGCCAACUUGUAGCAUCAAGGACAGACCAGCUAUAGCCAUGAUCGCAGAUGCUGAGAAGAAGAAACUGAUCAUCCCUGGAAAAACAACAUUGAUAGAGCCCACUUCAGGAAACAUGGGAAUAAGUUUGGCUUUCAUGGCGGCUCUUAAAGGGUACAAAAUUGUAAUGACAAUGCCUUCAUACACCAGCUUGGAGCGGAGAGUGACUAUGAGAUCCUUUGGUGCGGAGCUUGUUCUUACUGAUCCAACAAAAGGAAUGGGUGGAACCGUCAAGAAAGCUUAUGACCUCCUUGAGUCUACUCCUGAUGCUUUCAUGUGUCAACAGUUUGCUAAUCCAGCAAACACUCAGAUUCAUUAUGACACAACUGGUCCUGAAAUUUGGGAAGAUACACUUGGAAAUGUCGAUAUAUUUGUGAUGGGAAUUGGGAGUGGAGGCACAGUCUCUGGAGUUGGGCAAUACCUUAAAUCUAAAAACCCCAAUGUCAAGAUAUAUGGAGUGGAGCCUGCUGAAAGCAACAUACUCAAUGGUGGCAAACCAGGUCCACAUGCUAUCACAGGCAAUGGGGUUGGAUUUAAACCAGAUAUUCUGGAUAUGGAUGUCAUGGAGAGUGUUCUUGAGGUGAGUAGUGAGGAUGCUAUAAAGAUGGCAAGAGAAUUGGCAUUGAAAGAAGGUCUCAUGGUUGGGAUAUCGUCGGGAGCUAACACCGUGGCAGCACUUAGACUGGCAAAAAUGCCAGAGAACAAAGGCAAACUCAUUGUGACGAUUCAUGCUAGCUUUGGAGAGAGAUAUCUGUCGUCUGUUCUGUUUGAUGAGCUGAGGAAAGAAGCAGAAGAGAUGAAGCCAGUUUCAGUCGAUUGAUGAAGAAAGGCUUCUUUACCAAAUUCUCAUAUUGGGAUUGUGACAUAAACGUGUAAGAAGAGUUGUAUGUUUUGUUUUAUAUAUGGGUAUGUUGGAGAAAUAAUUAUGUUGAUGUUGAAUAUUGGAAAUACAAUCUAAUCAAAGUUAAAUCAGCAUUUUAUGUUUUA